AUGCCGGGAUCAAAACUCAACCAAGUGCCGGUCCCGAUGUUCUGCCGAGAGACGGGUAAUAACUACCGGGCUGCCGUCCGUCUCCACAACCACUACCGAGAUGCCGUGUCGGACAGAGGUGGGGUACCGGGCAUUGCCGCGUUGAUCACUUCCGAAUAUGGUCUCGGCUCGAUAGCCGUUGGAAGUCAUUCAAACACAUUGAGAAUUGUGAGGUCAAUUCCCCUAACUUACAAUCCUCGGUCGCAUAAUGUGGGCCUCAAUCAAUUUCUUGAACAUGCCGUACAUUUCUACAAAAAAUUGACCACUAGCAGUGCACGUUAG